GGUUCAGGGGGCCCUUACACGUGGCCUAGUUCUCUGGAAUCGCCACCUUAGUGGGCGCUGAUGAGGUAGCGACUGGGCGGGGGCCGGUGCUCGCUUUCCUCCCGCCCCGAAUACCCAAACAGGCGACCGGCCCGCCAGAUUAGAGGCUCGGGAGUCACUCGAGCCUGAGCGGCGCGACUGUAUGAGCGGAUCCGGGUCGAGCCGGCUCGGUGGCGGGUGUGGUUUUGGCCAGGACUGUCUCCGUGGUUGCCCCUCGCCCAGCCUCUUCAAGAUGUUCUGCAAAGAAUCUUGUGGGAAGAAAGAGAAGUCUCCGAGAAAAGGCACCACUUCAUCACCCUACUUUGGUGAAAAAGACAAGAAAGAGAAAAAGACCUCAGCAAGUUCUGCUAGUUCAGCUCUAAGAUCAGUUCCAUCAGAGAAGAGAAAACUGAAUUCAGAUCAUACAGAUAUUCUGUACUAUCGAACAAAUAGGAGACAAGAAUUGAAAAGAUUGAAUGUUGAAAUUGAUGCUCUCAAAAAGAGACCAAAAAUCAGUUCUUCAUCCCAAGGAUCUGUUAAAUUCCAAGAAACAUCAUAUUCAAAUGAUAAUCAAAUUAUUUCAAAGAGUCCUUCUUCAAAUGGAAAUAAAAAAGAUACAAGUAAAUGUAUAGAUUUUAAACUUAAAGAUAUCAAGUUCACAAAUGUUAGGAGUAAGUUUGACCAUGGAAUUAAAAACCUUAGCAGUCCUAUGAUUGCUAGUGAUGUGAAACCUCAAGCUGAAGGCCAGGCAGAUGAAAAGAAAUGGAUGCAUUUACGUGCUCAGAGGGAGAAGAUGAAAGAACUGAAGAAAGAAAGGAACCGUAGAUUUAGAGACAGUUCUGAAAAAUAUGUCUUGGAGAAAUGCAAGAAAAAUCAAGUUUCUCAGGAUUAUAAUUCCAACAAGAUAAUUAAGGAACACCUCGAAUCUAGAAGGAAGGUUAGUGCCAAAAUCCCAGUGAAAUCCCGUGAUUCCCUCCAGAAGCCUGUAGAAGAAAAUGUCUUCAAUUUAGAUUUUAACAAGUUAGAGACUAAGCAGGAAAAAAAAGAGCACCUGGAAAGUUCUGAGGUUUCAUUAAAUUUGUCUAGGCACAAAAUGGAACAUUUAUUUUCAGAUUCCAUGUAUAAGUGGACUCAUAAGUGGAAAGGAAAAUAUUGUGAGCAUCAAGGAAGUAAUGAUUCAAAUUGUAGUGAAAACCUAACCCAGAGUUUUGAAGCACCAUGUUCUUCAGGGUCAUCUGAAAAUAUUCAAGAUACAGAUCAAGAGAUGCAGAUAGUAGAAGAGCUUCAUGCUGCACGUGUGGGAAAAUCUUUGGAUUUACCUUUGGUUCCUCCUUCUGGAGAGUUAAUGAGUAUGGAAAUUGAUUUGGUGGAAGAUGAUGUACAUUCUUCUGCUGGAAAUACUCCUUUAGACAAAAAGCUUCUAAUUGUUAUUGACACAAAUAUUCUCAUGAAUCAUCUCAAAUUUGUUAGAGUUUUGAAGACAACAGAAAUGCCAGGAUUCGACAAACUUGUAUUAAUAAUUCCCUGGGUUGUUAUGCAAGAGCUAGAUCGUAUGAAGGCAGGAAAACUAUUAAAACAUGCCCAGCACAAGGCUAUACCUGCAGUUCAUUUUAUCAAUGACAGUCUCAAAAAUCAAGAUAGAAAGCUAUGGGGUCAGUCAAUUCAACUUGCAUCUCAAAAACUUUAUGGAUUGAGUGAUGAAAACAAUGAUGACCGAGUAUUAAAAUGCUGUCUUCAGCACCAAGAAUUAUUCCCUUGUUCUCUUGUUAUUCUGUGCACGGAUGAUAGAAAUUUGAGAAACAAAGGCCUAAUAAGUGGUGUGAAGUCACUCAGUAAAGAAGAAUUGAGUGCAGAGUUGUUAAACUUAUCUCUGAAUACAGACGCAUGUCAUCAGCUUUGUAUUUCUAAGCAACAGGUGAAAGCAGAAGCAACACUCUUGGAAGAGAGCUAUGAGAAAGAAUCUACAAAUUCUGGAUUGUCUAUUCUGCUUGAAAGCAUCGUUUCUGAUCUUGAAAAAUCUCUUGGAACAGCUUUAUCUUCAAUAUUAGAAACAGAAAUGAAAAUGGCUUUUGGGAACCUCUGGAUGGAGAUGCUGUACUUGAAACCACCAUGGACUCUAAUACAUUUAUUACAGUGCUUUAAAAAACAUUGGUUAGCUGUAUUUGGAUUAGUUAUGGAAAAGAACUUGCUUUUAACUGUUGAAAGCUUAUAUGAAAAUCUCCAUAAAGCUAAUAAUACAGUGGAUUUUACAACAGUAAAAUUCCUGCUACAGGAUUCUAAAAGUUUGUUACAUGCUUUCAGUAGAAGGUCAAAUUAUGAUGGUAUUCUUCCACAGGCUUUUGCUCAAGUUAACAAACUGCUCCAAACAUUUGCAAAGGUCAAGACAAAACCUAAGCCAAAUUCUUCAGAAAAUACAGUGAGUGAAAAUCAGGAAGAUACUUCUUCAGUGAAGUCUCAUAACCAAGAAAUGGCUGUUUUCUCAGAUUCUCAUCUUCCCCAGCCCAACAGACACCAAGAAAUCUGGUCUAUCCUAGAAAAUGUUUGGAUUACAAUAUAUCAGAACAGCAUGGAUGUGUUUGAAAGAUUGGGCUCAAAUUCAGCUCAGACUACUUCAAAAAUAGCAUCAUUUGAAGAAGCUUUUAUUUACCUUCAAAAGUUAAUGGCAGCUGUGAAGGAUAUCCUUGAAGGAAUUCAGAGAAUUUUGGCCCCUAACAGUAAUUUUCAAGAUGUUGAGACCCUCUAUAACUUCCUAAUCAAGUAUGAGGUAAAUAAAAAUGUCACAUUUACUGCCCAGGAACUUUAUGAUUGUGUUUCUCAAACUGAGUAUCGGGAAAAGUUAACCAUCGGAUGCUGCCAGCUGGUUGAGAUGGACUAUACCAUGCAGCAGUGCAAAGCCUCUGUCUACAUGGAGGCCACAAAGAGGGGAUGGUGUGAAGACAUGCUCAGCUACAGGACAUAAGUGCUGCUUUGUAACUUAAAAGGAAUUGUCUUCAAGAAUAACAGAGUAACUUACAACCUGGUCACUUUUUUGAGGCAAACCUAAGAGAACUGUAAAAAAUGUUUCAUAAGUACAAAAGGAGGAUGGCCUAUUACUGACCAUCUCAAUGAAGCUAAAAAUUAGCCUGAUGCAUCCAUUGUGCAAUAAACUGUGGACUCGCCUCUUCUGGAGUUGACAAUACUUCCCUACCCCACUCCUGAUACCCAGCCAGUAUCUCUAAGGAAAGGAAAGCUAUUGUUUUAAGUCUUCCUAGGGCAGGAGCCACUGUGGCAUCCGAGGAAGGCCUAUGGCAUAGUAUCAGCAUUUCUUUCAACCCUAAAUGUGGGUUUGUGACUAGGGACAUUGCCAAACUGUAAAAAAGAAUUAGGACAUGACUAUGCUCACCACAUUUCAUAAAUGAAAUCUUCCUGUUUUAUGAUCAAACUGAUGUAUGUAGAACUGGAGAAAAUAAUACCCACCAUCAUCACCUCCUUCAAGAUAAGGAAAGAAUUUUACUUUAGCUCCUACUUCCUAUACAGCCUCUUCUGUUUUUCUCUGGGUUUGGCACUUUUCAUUGUAUUUUUAAUCGGAAAGAGCAGGAUCACCUCUUUGCCUAAUUUCUCUUUAAAUGUGAAGCAGCACGGAUUUAUGGAAUUAGGUGGCAGAUGAAUAAUGUCUGCCACUGACUAAAACCAAGAGUUUAAUUGACUUAUUUCUUAGUUACCCAGUAAGUUGGAGGUCCUUGUUUACUGGCAUGUAUUAUGCUUUUGUUAAUACAUAAGAGUAAAUCCAAUUUGGUACUCUAUUAUGUUUUUUUAAAGCAAUAAAUAACUUUUAAUUAAGAUUUCACUUUUCAUUUUACUUCCACAUUAUGUUUCUAAAGUGCAUAUAGGGUAUGAUUAUAAACGUCACCUUCACCAAUAAAAGAGAACUUGUUAGGAUGUUCACUAGUAACUAGUUGGUACAGGACACUUACUGUUUGCCAGAUUAGAAACUAUGUCACUGACUGCCUGGGUGGGGCUUAAAAGUGCCCUCUGAGAUGUGAGCCUCUGGGUAAACGGAGAAGCUUCCAGAGAGCGUCCGUGCUCUCUACUACUUUCCUUUCCUUCCUUCAGGAGCCAAAAAUGCGUUCAUAACUGCAACCACCACCAGACCACGAACAAAAGGCCUUUUUUCAAUUCUUUAUCUCUCAAUUUCUAGUUGUUGGGUUUUUGUUUUGCUCUGCUCUGGCUUGCUUACCUCUGCCUCCUUUUGUUAUCUUUGUAAUUUUUGUAAAAUUUAUUUCUAUCACCUGCAGUUCACAUAUUUUAUUCUUUCAUAAAUGUGGGUUUUAAUUGUAUCUUAAGUCUAUAUGUCCUCUACUUUGUACAUUAUUUUACUUGAAGCUUAAAAACUUGUAAAAAUUUUUAUUGAGACAUGAAGAUGUUCUUUUCUUUCUACUUUUUUUGGUUUAAAAACAUUAUUUAAAUGUUUUUAUAUUAGCCUCUAUUUCUUUCACUUGAAAUGUCAGAGCUUUUUUUCCUUUUCCCUUUUUUGUCUUCUUUUCUGAUCUUUUAUACUUGUUUUCCUAAUUGUCCACUGCAGGGGUUGAGAGUUGCCUUACAUUAUUAGCCUUCUCCAACUUAUUUCCAAAACAUGGUAGUCCUUUUCCCUCUUGGGAGGACCAGGGAGUAUCCACUGGUUUGGAGAGUCUCUAGCUCUUCCCACAUUACAGGCAAGGAAAAGCUGGCUAAAGAAUUGAGGUCUGUUGUGCCCCCAGGGUUUCUUGUUAGGACCUGCAGUGGGCAAUUAUGACUGUACAGAUUAGAACUUCACAGAUGGGUUAAAUUCACUCUUACAUUAUGGGUCUUUGCCUGUCACAUGAAGGAUCUGAAAUUCUAGUCCUUGAUACUUCAAACAUUUUAAGGGAGAACAAAAUUUCUUUCAGGGUCCAUCUAGGUUUAUUUAAGUGGUAUCUUGGUCACCUUUCCAAACCCAAGUCAUGUUCACAUUCCUAACUUAGGGCAACUCCCUAGCUCCCUGGCAUAUGGGUUGGGAUUAAUUUCUCUCAUUCCUCAAAGGGAAUAUACCUCUACUGAAUCAUUGCAUGCACUUCGACCUGGGGAUGUGAUGCUGCCCAUGCCCCUUUUCUGAUUUAGAGAUUAGACAGGCCAGUCCUAUUUGACACUUCUGGCUAUUUUGCUAAUAAAACCUCCAGUGAAGGCAGGAGCUCCUUGAAGGUAGGAACUAUACUAUCUCUAGGGUCUAACUCGUAGUUGGGUCAGUUAGUAUUUUGAUGAAUUGUCCUA